UCGACAUGGAAUGAACCGAGUCUCAAAAACUGGAUAAUUGCCCCAGACGUCGGAAAUCGGAAUAGUUAUAGUUUCCUCUUUCUCUCCUCCAAAAACGUUAUGCGGUUAAGAACUGCCUCUUGGAACGUCCAGACACGCGUCCACCACCUGCUGCUAAAUAGCUUGUGCAGCGCCUUGUUUGAGCCUUGGGAUGCGAACACGUACAUCCCGUGCGCAACCCGCAUAACACCGCUGUGGCCCUGCGGUAUAUAUCCGCCAUCUUUACUGGUUCGUUGUCCUGGUCAAUGCAGAUUGCAUCGAUCCACAGAGCAUAUGAGGUUUAGUAGAAGAUGUAGAGUCGACCAGCUUUCCGUCCUGGAUGCAGUUCCGGGGUUGCGCAUAGGUCAUAGCAGCCUUGACGUUGCUCCUAGGAUUGUCUUCAACUUUGGGAUGGCGGCAUUAUGCUCUAUCAUCUUCCCGGAUUAAUGGCGCUCGUUUUCGCACUUCCAAAUGUUCAUUUGAGAGAUUCUGGCACAGGUUGCAUGGCAUUUGAUCAGACAUCAUAGAAUCAAGCGCUGGCGGAGUCACAAUGGUACGCAAACAUAGUAGUAAGUAUUCGAGCUCCUACAGAGAAGAAGUUGCCAUAUUUGUGUCAAAUUAAGCGCGACCGUCAGGCUUUCCAUAGUUUGUACUUCUUUGGCACAAAUGGCAGGGGGGCGAAAAGUCG